AUGGGGGUGGAGCCCUGCCAGGAAAGCCUGCUACUUGGACAUUCCCUUAGCUUCAAGCUUCCUCACCAUGAUCAAGGCUAUAAGACACCUUAUGUUGGGAGCCAGGGCUUCUCCAGCUGGUCAGCUGUGGAAUUCGGCAGCGCCAGGAAGAACUAUAUAGCUCGCUCUGGGGCAGCCAGUGAAGUGACCAUCAACAAGAGCCUCCUGCAGCCCCUCAAUGUGGAGACUGACACCCAGACUGUGGAAAUGAAGGUCAAAGAGUAUGAACUCAUCAAGGCCCUCAAUGAGAAGCUUAAUGCAAUUCUGACUCCCAUUCCUAGAGACUUUGAGAUUGUUAUUCAGGCACGGUUUAAAUGUGUCUGCAUGGACCGGGCUCGAGGUCAGGCACGUUUUGUGGAACGACAGAACAAGACCCUGGAGGCCAUAUGGAAGCUGCUCCAGCAGCAGGGCCCCAGUUCCGUCCCAAGUACCGACAGCCUUGUCUCUCGCUUGGAGAGAUUCAUCAACUCUCUGCAAGGCGACUUGGAUGACAUCACUUUGGACAGAGGCCGCCUGGAUGUAGAGCUGCGGAAUAUGCAGGGCACAGUGGCAGACUACACAAGGAAAUACAAGGAUGAAAUCAAUAAAAGAAAAGCUGCUGAGAAUGACUCUGCGGCUCUGAAGAAGAAUGUGGAAUCUGCCCACAUGACCGAGAUGAAGCUUCAGGCCAAUGUGGAAACUCUGAUAAAAGAAAUCAACUUUCUGAGGGAUCUCUUUGAGGCAGACUUAUCCCAGUUCCAGGACCAUGCCAAUGGCACAUCUAUGGUCCUCUCCAUGGACAACAACCACAGCCUGGACUUGCGUAGCAUCAUUUCUGGGAUCCGUGCCCAGUUUGAAGAGAUUGCCCAGAAGGACAAGGUAGAGGCUGAGCUACUGUACCAAACCAAGUUGGGGGAGCUCCAGAGCACAGCUGGCAGGCGUCAAGAGGCCCUGAGGAGCAUCAACGACCAGAUGGCAGACUUCAGUAAGAUCAUCCAGAGGCUCACAGAGGUGGAGAACGCCAAAAAGCAGAACGAAAAGCUGGUGACAUCCAUCACGGAAACUGAGCAGCAUGGGGAGACAGCCCUCAGGGAUGCCAACAUCAAGCUUCAAGACUCACAGGUUGCCCUGAAGAAGGGCAAAGAUGACCUGGUCAGGCUGCGGAGAGACUACCAGGAACUGUUGGAUGUCACGAUAACCUUGGAUACAGAGAUCGCUAACUACCGCCAGCUGCUGAAGGGUGCUGAGUACAGAAUGUCCGGAGAGUACCAGAGUGCUGUCAGCAUCUGUGAGUAG